UAUGGAUUGACUGGCGUACAGUCGAGCCGGGAUUCUUGCACUAAAUGCAAACCUUUCGACGCUGAUAGGUAGUUUGAUGUCGAGACCAUUGUUGUUUUCAAACUCCGACACAAUGUUCGGAUGUUGUGUAAUAGCAAUGACUCCUAUUGUGCAUACAUCCAACUCCAAACUACAUGGACUGGUUCAAACAACACCAUCAGCGACAUGCUUUCCGGCAGCCUGAUGAAGUUCCGUCAGGUGCUCCUCCUCCUGAAUGGGCACCUGCAGUAGAACAAUUAUCCACAUACGGUCUUCAGAACGAAGCCUCAAAUGAAAGUUACGAAGAAGCCCUGGAUUUUUUAGUCCAUAAUUCAGACAGGAAGGGCGGACUCUCGCAGAUACGCUCUAGAGUGGGCUGCCCAGAUACAUGUCUCCUCAGCAACCUGCCAAUCAUCGCUGGUCAAUAUCACUUUCCCAAUGAUGGUGGAGUGUACUUCGAGAUCACUGUAAACAAAAUGACAGACCCAUCCAAAGGUGGCGUCAUCGCAAUUGGAACUACUUGCAGACCGUACCCAUCAUGGAGGCUCCCAGGCUGGAAUCGAUUGAGCGCAGGCCUUCACCUCGACGACUUCCACAAAUUCUUUGAGGACCCGGAGGGCGGACGUCCCUGCUUCCCACUGGGCUCUCCACCCAUUACGUCUGUCGUUGGCCACACAAUCGGUUGUGGAUAUUCUUUCUCCACAGGUGCAAUGUUCUUCACAAUCGACGGUCAACGCCUGCCAGAUGCGUUUACAGGUAUAUACUUGCAGAACCGCAGCGGGAUUGAUGUGUAUGCUGCUGUGGGUGUGUCUGGGGAGUGUGACGUCUCGGUAAAUUUUGGCGGUAUGUCUUUCAAGUGGCUGGAAGGAAAUGAGUGGAGAUGGAGGGUGGAUAGACAAGUGAGAAAGCUUGGCGAUGAUGUCGGAGAGCAGGAAGAACUGCCGGCGUACAGUGCAUGCUAG